AUGAACCAAUGUAAUUGUCAGAUUAGAUAUAGUCUGAUAGCAUUUAUUAAAAACGUUGGUGUUGCCAAUUGUUAUCACAGUUUGUUGAAGUGUGUUCGUGAAGUCAGUACCAUGGCUCCGUGGCUUGAGUUUCCCCAUGAGAUGAAAAAUGUUACCGGUGAAGAAGAUAAAAUUCUAAGGAAAUGUUUACUAGGCUAUACAAAGCCGUUUGUGCGAUGUGGCGAGAAAGAGUACGUGAUGGCUGGCUCGUACAGGAAGCAUGCUGAGGCCAUUUACAACUUCCAAGUCCGACCUGAUGAUGUAUGGGUUAUCACUGUACCUAGAUCUGGUACAACAUGGGUACAAGAAUUAGUAUGGUUGGUAGCUAACAAUAUAGACUUCAAAACAGCUAAAGACCAGCCCUUGUACAAGAGAUUUCCUAUGUUAGAGGUAUCAACACAUAUCCCAGAAAUCGCAGUUGAACUGAUCAAGAUAAAUUUCUUCAACUUGGGCAAUUUCCAAGGCCUAAACGAAGCAGUUAAGGAAAAGAGUUGGAAGUCAUUGGACAAAGCACCUUCUCCGAGGUUCAUUAAGACUCAUCUUCCGUUGUCGAUGUUGCCGCCGAACCUGCUGUCGACCGCGAAGGUUGUAUAUGUGGCGAGGGAUCCCAGAGACGUGGCAGUGUCUUACUACUAUCUUUAUAAAAUGACGAACAAAAGCCUCCUAAGAGCAAACUUCACUCACUUCUGGGAAGCCUUCAGAAGGGAUUUGUUGCCGUGGACCCCUAUAGUGGCGCACGCAAACGAAGCAUUUGAACAGAGGCAUCAUCCGAACCUACAUAUCGUAUUCUACGAAAAUAUGAAAAAGGAUCUGCACAGAGAAAUAGGAAAAGUCGCCAAGUUUCUGAACAAAGACUACACAGACGCACAGAUCGACAGGCUGGCUGAACAUCUCAGCUUCGACAACCUGAGGAAGAACAAAAAUGUCAACAAUAGCAUAAAUAAAGAUUCUGAAAUACAGUUUAUUAGAAAAGGCGAAGCUGGAGGCUGGAGGGCACAUUUCGACGAGAAAAUGCAGUUGCAAGCUGAGGAGUUCCUCGUAACAAGACUAGCAGGGCUCGAGUUAUCUUACCCUUCCUUCCCCACUAACGAAAUCACUAAAUUAUAA